AUGGGUUCGGGUCCCAUAGACCCCAAAGAGCUUCUCAAGGGCCUGGAUAGUUUCCUUAACCGAGAUGGGGAAGUCAAGAGUGUGGAUGGGAUUUCGAAAAUCUUCAGCCUGAUGAAAGAGGCACGAAAGAUGGUGAGUCGGUGCACGUACUUGAACAUUCUCCUGCAGACCCGUUCACAAGAAGUACUGGUCAAGUUUAUUGACGUCGGCGGUUAUAAGCUUCUUAACAAUUGGCUGACAUAUUCGAAGACGACCAACAACAUUCCCCUCUUACAGCAAAUUCUGCUGACCCUGCAGCACCUGCCCCUCACUGUUGACCAUCUCAAACAGAACAACACAGCCAAAUUGGUGAAGCAGCUGAGCAAGUCGAGUGAUGAUGAAGAACUCCGGAAAUUGGCCUCAGUCCUUGUCAGCGACUGGAUGGCGGUCAUCCGCUCCCAGAGCAGUACCCAGCCUGCUGAGAAAGAUAAGAAGAAACGGAAAGAAGAGGGAAAGAGUCGAACCACCCCUCCUGAGCGACCGGUGACUGAGGUGAAGGCUGAGACUCGGGCUGAGGAGGCCCCGGAAAAGAAGAGGGAGAAGCCCAAGUCUCUCCGCACCACAGCGCCCAGUCACGCCAAGUUCCGCUCCACCGGACUAGAGCUUGAGACCCCAUCUUUGGUGCCCGUGAAGAAGAAUGCCAGUGCAGUGGUGGUUUCUGACAAGUACAACCUUAAACCUAUCCCCCUCAAGCGUCAGAGUUCUGCAGCUGCCCCAGGAGAUGCUGCCCCUCUUGCAGAGAAGAAAUACAAACCACUCAACACAACACCCAAUGCCACCAAAGAGAUCAAAGUGAAGAUCAUCCCACCACAGCCUAUGGAGGGCCUGGGCUUUCUGGAUGCACUCAAUUCAGCCCCUGUCCCAGGCAUCAAAAUUAAGAAGAAGAAGAAGGUGCUGUCACCCACAGCUGCCAAGCCGAGCCCAUUUGAAGGAAAAACAAGCACAGAACCAAGUGCGGCCAAACCUUCUUCCCCAGAGCCAGCACCUCCCGAGGCUAUGGACACAGAACGUCCUGGGACCCCAGUUCCGCCUGUUGAAGUCCCGGAGCUCAUGGAUACUGCCUCUUUGGAGCCAGGAGCUCUGGAUGUGAAGCCAGUGGAGAGUCCCGGUGAUCCUAGCCAGCUGACCCGGAAAGGCAAGAAGAGGAAAACUGUGACGUGGCCGGAGGAGGGCAAGCUGAGAGAGUAUUUCUAUUUUGAACUGGAUGAGACUGAGCGAGUAAAUGUGAAUAAGAUCAAGGACUUCGGUGAAGCAGCUAAGCGAGAGAUACUGUCAGACCGACAUGCAUUUGAGACGGCCCGGCGUCUGAGCCAUGACAACAUGGAGGAGAAGGUGCCCUGGGUGUGCCCCCGGCCCCUGGUGCUGCCCUCGCCCCUCGUCACCCCUGGAAGCAACAGCCAGGAGCGGUACAUCCAGGCUGAGCGGGAGAAGGGGAUCCUUCAGGAGCUCUUCCUGAACAAGGAAAGUCCUCAUGAGCCUGAUCCUGAGCCCUAUGAGCCUAUCCCCCCAAAGCUCAUACCCCUAGAUGAGGAAUGUUCCAUGGAUGAGACCCCAUAUGUUGAGACCCUGGAACCUGGGGGAGCCGGUGGCUCACCUGACGGAGCAGGUGGUUCCAAGUUGCCUCCAGUUCUGGCUAAUCUUAUGGGAAGCAUGGGUGCCGGGAAGAGCCCCCAGGGUCCUGGAGGAGGGGGCAUCAACGUGCAGGAGAUCCUCACCUCCAUCAUGGGUAGCCCCAACAGUCAUCCCUCAGAAGAACUGCUGAAGCAAGCAGACUAUUCAGACAAGAUCAAGCAGAUGCUGGUGCCACAUGGACUCUUAGGCCCUGGUCCGAUAGCCAAUGGUUUCCCACCUGGAGGCCCUGGGGGCCCCAAGGGCAUGCAGCACUUCCCCCCUGGACCUGGGGGGCCUAUGUCAGGUCCCCAUGGAGGCCCUGGGGGCCCUGGUGGGCCAGUGGGUCCACGUCUCCUGGGUCCCCCACCCCCUCCCCGGGGGGGCGACCCCUUCUGGGAUGGCCCAGGUGACCCUAUGCGGGGUGGCCCGAUGCGGGGCGGGCCAGGACCUGGCCCUGGGCCAUACCAUAGAGGCCGUGGUGGCCGAGGAGGAAAUGAACCUCCUCCUCCUCCUCCUCCAUUCCGGGGGGCCAGAGGAGGUCGCUCUGGAGGCGGACCCCCAAAUGGACGAGGGGGCCCUGGUGGGGGCAUGGUUGGCGGCGGUGGACAUCGUCCCCAUGAAGGCCCUGGUGGCGGCAUGAACAGUGGCAGCGGACAUCGUCCCCAUGAAGGCCCUGGCGGUGGCAUGGGUGGUGGGCAUCGCCCCCACGAAGGCCCUGGUGGUAGCAUGGGUGGGGGGCACCGCCCCCACGAAGGCCCCGGCGGUGGCAUGGGUGGAGGCAGUGGACAUCGCCCCCAUGAAGGCCCUGGUGGAGGAAUGGGUGCUGGUGGUGGCCAUCGGCCCCAUGAAGGCCCUGGACACGGGGGGCCCCAUGGCCACCGGCCUCAUGAUGUCCCUGGUCACCGAGGACACGACCACCGAGGGCCACCCCCUCACGAGCACCGUGGCCAUGAUGGCCCUGGCCAUGGAGGAGGGGGCCACCGAGGGCAUGAUGGUGGCCACAGCCACGGAGGAGACAUGUCAAACCGCCCUGUGUGUCGACAUUUCAUGAUGAAGGGCAACUGCCGCUAUGAGAACAACUGUGCCUUCUACCACCCGGGUGUCAACGGGCCCCCCCUGCCCUAG